AUGACGCGUACUCUGCCCUGGAAGCGCAACGCGUCUUCCGUCUCUGCACCGAAGUCUGCUGUCACACCUCCAUCCAGACAUCCGCCGGCCGUCGACCCACAUGUCAGCGGCAGCCCGAGGUCAGAUCCGCCAAGGCCCGUGACAGGAGAUGAGGAGGCGCAGCCUACGUAUCCGCCGUAUCGGGUUCCUUUAAUCAAAAAGCGCUCCCAAUCAUCGUCACCCCCGCCUGCUCCACCAGAAGAAAGCUUUAUGAUUAGUGGUCUCGACGGCGACGACAUAUGGCGCAUGGUGGAGGAUGAGUUGCUUUCUGUGGCAGGCACUUUCACUGCGCACCUUCACAAGGCCCAGUACAAAAAGCUCAAGCGUCUAGCAGAGUCUCAAAACGCCAAAACAAUCAGCGCAAUUUCAAGGCCAGUGGCGUGCGACACAACUGAUACAGUCAAACGACGCCAGAUCCGCGAAGAGCUCGAGAGACGUCAAGGUGAGGCCAUCAAGCGCUUGCGAGGUUCAAGCUCUGGUGAUGGAAACAGUGCCAAUGAAAGCGAUGACGAUGACGGACCAAGCCCUUGGGCCGGUACCGCCCUGCAGGGUCUCAUGGACAGCCCCCGAAAGAAGGCCCCUCGUUUGAUGAGUGACGUUUUCAAGAAGGCCGCUGCUGCCAAGUCUCCAAUGUUUCGAAACGCUCAGAAACCAAAAGCAAGCCAAUCAGGGAGCCUGUACCACAAUACGAAGCUGGGCUCUUUGGAACCCCACCGCACCCAGGGUUCCUCUCCAACGGUCCGACGAGGCGCAGUCAAUGAUAGCGACCAUACAACCCAGAGCGAGGAUGAUAGCGACGGUGAUUUGGAUGCAGCCCCUGCGUACCUGGGCCAUGAGCGCCAGCACGCACGCUCACCUGCAGAUGCACAAAGCCACCAGGGCCGGCGAUCCAACACAUCCCACACCACUUCUCCGGGAACUAGCGGCAGCGCGAACACUCGCCGGAGCGCAACUAUCAGGGAACCACUGUGCACACUUGCGUCUUCCACGCGGCGCCCGCGCGUAACGCAGGACGAUUCGGACUCGUCGGAUGGAAUUUUUGCACGAGCCAAGAAGAGAAGGGAGCGCCUUCGCGUGCAGCAACGGAGUGAACAAACACUAGGCAAUCCAUCGCAGGGUCGAGAAGCAGAGAAGAGCAAGGAUACGAAACUAGACAUUGUACCUUCUUUCAUCUGA